AUGCCCACUGUGGAUGACAUUCUAGAGCACAUCGGGGAGUUUCACUUUUUCCAGAAGCAAACGUUCUUUCUCUUAGCCCUGCUCUCUGCUUCCUUCACCCCCAUCUACGUGGGCAUCGUCUUCCUGGGUUUCACCCCUGACCACCGAUGCCGGUGCCCUGGGGUGGCCGAGCUGAGCCAGCGGUGCGGCUGGAGCCGGGAUGAGGAGCUGAACUACACGGUGCCCGGGCUGGGGGCUGCUGGUGAUGCCUACACCCGCCAGUGCCUCAGGUACGAGGUGGACUGGAACCAGAGCACCCUCGGCUGCGUGGACCCGCUGGCCAGCCUGGCAGUCAACAGGAGCCAGUUGCCGCUGGGCCCCUGUGGGCAUGGCUGGGUGUACGACACGCCUGGUUCCUCCAUUGUGACCGAGUUUAACCUCGUAUGCUCCCACUCCUGGAUGCUGGAUCUGUUUCAGUCCGCAGUGAAUGUAGGAUUUUUUAUCGGGUCCCUGGGGAUCGGCUACGUAGCAGACAGGUUUGGCCGUAAACUAUGUCUCUUAAUUACAAUCCUCAUAAACGCUGCAUCUGGUAUUCUCAUGGCCAUCUCACCCACCUACACAUGGAUGCUCACUUUUCGCCUGAUCCAAGGACUGGUCAGCAAGGGAGGUUGGCUAAUCAGCUACAUCCUGAUUACAGAAUUUGUCGGGCUGAGCUACCGGAGAACAGUGGGGAUUUGUUACCAAGUCUGCUUCACUGUUGGGCUCCUGGUGCUUGCUGGGGUGGCGUACCUGCUUCCUCGCUGGAGAUGGCUGCAGUUCACAGUUACUCUGCCCAACUUCUGCUUCUUGCUCUAUUACUGGUGCCUCCCCGAGUCUCCAAGGUGGCUGAUCUCCCAGAACAAAAAUGCCAAGGCCAUGAAGAUCAUCAAGCACAUCGCGAAGAAAAACAGAAAAUCUCUGCCGGCCUCUCUUCAGAGCCUUAGACCUGAUGAGGAAGUUGGAAAGAAGCUGAAUCCUUCAUUUCUUGACUUGGUCAGAACCCCUCAGAUAAGGAAGCACACUUUGAUCUUGAUGUACAACUGGUUCACGAGCUCUGUUCUCUACCAGGGCCUGAUCAUGCACAUGGGCCUUGCAGGGAGCAACAUCUACCUGGACUUCUUCUACUCGGCCCUGGUUGAAUUCCCAGCUGCUUUCAUCAUCAUUCUCACCAUCGAUCGCAUUGGCCGCCGGUAUCCUUGGGCUGGGUCGAAUAUGGUGGCAGGGGCAGCCUGUCUGGCCUCAGUUUUUAUCCCUGACGACCUACGCUGGCUAAAAAUUACAGUUGCGUGCCUGGGCAGAAUGGGGAUUACAAUGGCCUACGAAAUGGUUUGCCUGGUCAACACAGAAUUGUACCCCACAUUCAUUAGGAACCUUGGGGUUCUUGUCUGCUCCUCAAUGUGUGACAUCGGUGGCAUCCUCACGCCGUUCCUGGUGUACCGGCUCACCGAUGUCUGGCACGAACUCCCACUGGUGGUUUUUGCUGUGGUUGGCUUGAUCGCUGGAGGGUUGGUGUUGCUGCUGCCAGAGACCAAAGGGAAGCCUUUACCUGAGACAACAGAGGAAGCUGAAAACAUGCAAAGAUCAAGAAAAGGUAAAGAGAAGACGAUUUAUCUCCAAGUCAAGAAACUAGACAUUCCACAAACCUAA